AUGAAGGCUUUACGGAGGUCCAUCAAGGGGGAGAAGGAGAACAAGCCACAUAUCAGCAUUGCUCCAAAAUCAGCUGUCGCCAUUCAGCCUCCCAAGAAGGUGAUCCGAGCACUCUACGAUUAUGAAGCCUCAAAUCCUCAAGAGUUGAGCUUUUCCCGCGGUGAUUUCUUCCACGUUAUCGGGCGCGAGAACGACCAAGAUUGGUAUGAGGCCUGCAACCCCGCUCUUCCGGACGCCCGCGGCCUAGUGCCCGUUGCAUUCUUCCAAGCUCUUGGACGCACCGAGCGUGAUAGUGGCCAGUCCCAACCCGACACGGCCCGCUCAACAAACUCGACAAAAGGCCCGGAUAACGAUUCCGGCUACGGAGAUGCAUCCACCGUCGGCACGGCGACACCCGCCGCCAGCCAGCGGAGCUCCAAAAUCUCCGGAAAGUCUGGGGCUAUGGUGUAUGGUGUUGUCAUGUACGACUUCCAGGCGGAACGCGGGGACGAGCUGGAUGCCAAGGCGGGCGAAGCUAUCAUUGUGAUUGCCCAGUCCAACCCGGAGUGGUUUGUCGCAAAGCCGAUUGGGAGACUCGGUGGUCCCGGUCUGAUUCCCGUCUCUUUUGUCGAGAUCCGAGAUAUGGCGAGCAACACACCCGUGGCAAACCCUCAAGAGUCUGUUCGCAGGGCGGGCAUCCCCAAGGUGGAGGAGUGGAAGAAGAUGGCAGCCGACUACAAAAACUCCAGCAUCACGCUUGGCAAGUUUGAUGUUGGCGGCGCGCCAAUUGAGCAAGGCAUGGAGCGCAUGAGUCUCCAGCAGCAACCGAAUGGGCGAACGAGCCAAGUGCCGGCGGGUAACUAUCAGCAACCGCAGUCACCACCACAGCAACAGGCGCAAGUGCAAUCCCAACAAGCAUACAACGCGCAGCAACCAGUCCAGCAACCAGGCUACGGCGCCCGACAAAGCUCAGAAGUUGCCGCUCCGGUAUCCGCUCAGAUUCCCAGAUACUGUUUCGCCGAGGAAAAGUACUGGUUUGUGAUCGAGGCCGAGCUGGAGGAUGGACGGACUUGGGAGCUUUCCCGAUACUACGAAGAUUUCUACGAUUUUCAGAUUGCGCUCUUGACCGAGUUCCCCGUAGAGGCUGGUACGACCGGAAAGAAGCAGCGCACGUUACCGUACAUGCCCGGUCCCGUAAAUUACGUCACCGACGCCAUCACGGAAGGGAGACGCCACAACCUGGACGCCUACGUCAAGAGUUUGCUCGCACAGCCACCAUACAUUUCGAAAUGCGACCUGGUGAAGCAGUUCUUUGCGCCGCGGGAAGGAGACUAUGAGAUUGAUCCCACAGCGCAAGGAGAGGAAUACCGGUUGUCUGGCGGAUCCCAGCCAUCCUCGACAGACUCGCCAGCGGAUGGAGCAUCGCGGCAAUCAUCUCGCCAAAACCUCAACUCAAACGGUAAUGGGUACGCUGGCCUUUCCGCGCCGGCACGACAGAUGGGAGGUGGUCAGCCAGCACAACCCGGAGCCCAAAUGAAGGUCAAACUCAGCUACAACGGAGACAUCAUCGCCAUCAAGGUGCCGCAAGAUAUCAACUUCCGCUCCUUGUACGACAGAAUCACCGAAAGACUCAAGAUCCCAGGAGGAGAGAUGGUACAGCUGUCAUACAAGGACGAGGCCACGGGUGACAAGCCACCGCUGAUGAGCGACAAUGAUCUGGACAUUGCUCUGAGUCGAAACGAGAAGCUGCUGCUCUAUGUUGAAUAG